GAUCCUCUAACCACGGUCCGGGAGCACUGCGAGCAGACGGAGAAAUGCGUGAAGGCGCGGGAGCUGUGCGAUGCGCGGGUGUCCUCCAGGUCCCAGACAGAAGAGCAGUGCACAGAGGAGCUUUUUGACUUCCUGCAUGCCAGGGACCACUGUGUUGCUCACAAACUCUUUAAGAACCUGAAGUGA